UCGCCUCUGGGUCUCUAGUAGUUUCCGUGUCGCUGACGCAUGCUUGCGCGCACAGCUGGGCCGGCCGCGUCCUACGCAGCAGCCGCGAGCCGGGCAGCCGGUGCCAGACGGUUCCCGGCGGGGGGCAGGGGCGGGGCGCUGCAGGAGGCCAGGGACUCCCGGCCAAGGAGCCCCAAGGAGGCUCGCCUGACUACUGACGAGUUGCCAUGGCAUCCUACUACGAUAUCCUAGACGUGCCGCGAAGUGCGUCCGCUGAUGACAUCAAGAAGGCGUACCGGCGGAAGGCGCUGCAGUGGCACCCGGACAAGAACCCGGAUAAUAAAGAGUUUGCUGAGAGGAAGUUCAAGGAGGUGGCUGAGGCGUAUGAAGUGCUCUCGGACAAGCAUAAGCGGGAGAUCUACGACCGCUAUGGCCGGGAAGGGCUGACGGGGGCAGGGACUGGCCCAUCUCGGGCAGAAGCUGGCAGUGGUGGGCCUGGCUUCACCUUCACCUUCCGCAGCCCUGAGGAGGUCUUCCGGGACUUCUUCGGCAGCGGGGACCCUUUCUCGGAGCUCUUUGAUGACCUGGGCCCCUUCUCAGAGCUUCAGAACCGGGGUCCCCGACACUCGGGCCCCUUCUUCAGCUUCUCUUCCUCCUUCCCUGGGCACUCUGAUUUCUCCUCCUCGUCUUUCUCCUUCAGUCCUGGGGCCGGUGCUUUUCGCUCUGUUUCUACGUCCACCACCUUCGUCCAAGGACGCCGCAUCACGACGCGCAGAAUCAUGGAGAACGGGCAGGAACGGGUGGAAGUGGAGGAGGACGGGCAGCUGAAGUCAGUCACGAUCAAUGGCGUCCCAGAUGACCUGGCACUGGGCUUGGAGCUGAGCCGUCGCGAGCAGCAACAGUCUGUCACCUCCAGGUCUGGGGGCACGCAGGUCCGGCAGACCCCUGCCUCACGCCCCUCUGACAGCGACCUCUCCGAGGAUGAUGAGGACCUGCAGCUGGCCAUGGCCUACAGCCUGUCAGAGAUGGAGGCAGCUGGGAAGAAACCGGCAGGUGGGCGGGCGGUGCAGCGACGACGGCACAGGCGGCCCAAGGCCCAGCACCAAGAUCCGGGCAUGGGGGUGACCCAUGAGGGUGCCAGGGGUGAUGCGGCCAAACCCAGCCCGUCCCCGGAGGAGAAGGCCUCUCGUUGCCUCAUCCUCUGACCACCAGGCCCAACCCACCCCGAUUCAGGGUGUCCAGGGGUCCUGCUCACUGUCAGCAGAGCAGAGAGGGGCGCGCCUAAGCUGCAGGAGCCCCUCCGCAACCCCACGCUCCCUCUGCAGGUUUCCCUCCCAGGGCCACCCACACUCCAGUGUGGACUCUGGAUUUGCUGUGCUCAGCCCAUGGCCGAUAGGUCCCUGGUGAAGCCCAGAGUGGGGGGCCUCAGGGCAGUGGGAGGGCCUGAGGAGCCAGGAUGCACUUAUUCUUAUUAGGUGGGGAGUUUCUAAGGGGCAUUAGUGGUUUGGGUCGGGCCUUUUGUGCCCAGGUCUUCUGCCACCUGUGUUGCUGGUGAUGUCAAGGAAGGAGGACUUGGCCUGGGGUUCUCUGAGCUGGAGUCGGCAGCUCCGCUGGGGAGUCUCCCGCUCUCCUUGCUCUGCAGCUGCAGACACCCCUCCCCCCCCGCCCCCUGAUUUCUGUGCAGUAUUCAGCUCUGACCGUCUCUGUUGCUUCCCUUCUGGUGCUGCUUCUCCUUCCUCGCACUCUUCUCUCUGCAAUUCCCUGCGGGCUGCAUCGCUUUCUUUCACUGCCGGCUGGCUAGGACUCCCUUCUUCCUUCCCCAAGAAGGCCUCAGUGUGGCGAGGAAGAUGCUGUGGCCGGUAGGGCCAUAAGGUCUUCCGGGGAGGCUAGCUGGGUGGGGCGGGAGCCUCUCGGCCGUCCAGAUUCGGAACCGGAGCCCACUCCUCCUCCCUUCCUCUUGCUGCCUCAGCCUGCCCCAGGCCUCGGGACUAGGCAGAGGUGAGGCCGGCUAAUCCUGGAGAGGUGGGAUAAGGCCAGGGUGCCCCAGGAGGGAGGCCUAGGAGGGGACUGUACCUCGUCCUCCUUCACCAUGCAUCAGGGCUCAGGGGAGGCCACAGGGCUAGCCCAGGUCUGCAUGCUCAGCUCCAUCCUCCAUGGCUUGCUGCUGACCCUCUCUCCUGUCACCCCGCCCCCGCUCUCU